AUGUCUUCGGAGCGCCCCGCCAAACGUGUCCGACAGGCAUGUGAACCGUGCCGCCGCAAGAAAUCAAGAUGCCCUGGAGAGAAGCCGAAUUGUUCUCAUUGUACUCGACUACGUCAGAACUGCUACUACGCUGAUGAACGACAUGAGAGGGUCGCGACCAGCGCCUCGCCAACACCUCAACCUCAUUCCGCAACGUUGAGAACGGACGGAAGAUUAGAGGAUCGCCUGAUGCAUGUUGAAUCUCAACUCGCUGAGGUACUUGCCAAUCAAGCGUCCUUGAGCAACACCGUAUCACAGCAGCUGUCCGACUCACCCGCAGAUCCUUUGCAUCAAUUAAGGCCGAGAUCGAUUUCAAGACCACCUGAUACGAAUUCUACGCUCCCUCCCUGGGAUAUCAUUUUCAGCACUGGGGAGAAUUACCUCUUGUACUGCGACUGCCAGCCCCUACCAUUAUUCGACCGCUCCACGUUUGUCCAGAGACUCAGGGAACGAGAGUCUGAAGUUUUAUUCUCUCUACUUGCUCUUACGUUGCGAUUCAACGAAGAUGGAUCGAACCACGAGAGCCAAGCAAAAAUCGUCACAGAUUACGUCGAAGCAGCGAGGGUGCUUGUCACGAAGAAAGUAAUGGAUGGUCUCGUGGAGCUGUCUACCAUUCAAUCACUCUGUCUCCUAAGCCUCAUCGAUUUUACAGAGGGUUUCACCCGCCGUGCAAGUGUCCAGACCAGUUUGGCUAUGAGCCUGGCCCAUAAUGCUGGACUGACAUUCGAGGCACCUGUGGCAAUCUCAGAUCACGAGAAAGAAGAGCGGCGGCGAUGUUUCUGGGGCCUAUUUCUUCUCAAGAAAUUACACGGAGCCGACUUCACGGUACUUGACUUUGCUGCUGAAGACAACUAUCCAUGGUAUCCAGCUACUCCGUGCGACCCACUCAAUCUUGGUCAGCCAAGUGAGCAACCUGGGCGUGAGGGUGUAAAUGGGGAGACGUCUUCAGACCAAGGCAUCAUGGCUUAUGCCAUCCAACUGAGUGAGGUGUGGUUCAAGACCACUCGAUAUGCAUGGAGGCGCGGGAAACCAAGCAGCCUCCCUCCUUGGUCCUCACAAUCAGAUGGUUCUACCAUUCUAGCACAGCAAAUGGAAUUCGAGACACGAAUGCCGUGGAUGCAUCGAUUUAAGCCCGCCAACUUCUCCCAGCGGCCGUUGGAAGAGUUAAAUGCACAUCGAGAUUACUGGGGACCAUGGCUUUUUAUUCAGUUUUUAUAUCACACCAAUUUGUGUUUACUCAACCAUCCGCUGUUACUAUCGCUCCGACUACGUAAUUCGAAGUGUGUUAUCCCGGAGAUCUUCUUGCAGCAUACGUCUGAUCUGAUCUCCUCGCAUACAUCAUGGAUCAUCAAUUUCAUCGAGAUGCUCGAAGCAAAGGGUUUCAAAGUCACUGACCCAUUCUUGGGACAUUGCGUCGCCAUUGUAGCCACUAUAUACCUCCAGGGAAGUGUUGUGGAUGACCCCGGUACGAGGAAAGAAAAGCAAGAUAGCUUUGCCAAAUGCUUGAGAUUUAUCAGGGGUCUUGCCGUCCAAUGGCCUCAUGUUGGGCGAAUAGCAGAUAAACUCCAAGGACUGAGUGAAACAGUCUCUUCAACACAUGUCGCGAGCGAUGUACCAACCCGCCAGAACAGAAAACUCCUCAUUGACCUCGGUCAAUUCUUCGAAGUCCUAGAAUACGCAUCUUCAAGCGAGGUCCCCGACUCUGCACGCCGACUUUUUGGGCCUUUACUCCACUCGAAUUUCCCUGCAUCCAGGACAGAAAUGGCACAGACAUCUGUUCUUCCAGAGCCCACUCGGGUUGAGAGGCAGGAAUUCGGGAACCUGACUCCUGUUGCGACUAUGGCGGAAGGAUCGAAUGUGCAGAUGAGUCUGGAGGAUAUGUCUGAUGUUGCGGUAAUGGGUCCACUGGUGUAUUCCGAUGAUGAGUUGGCGGUUUUGGCCGAGAGCUUUUUUCAUCAGAGGCAGGAAGUUGAUGGGAAUUGGUGGAAUAUGGAUAGUCUUUCCGGGGGAUAA